GUUGUUAUGACGCGAUGAAUGCUGGGAAAACAAUAAGAAUCCAACAUGGCGACUUCCGCGGGACAAAAUGGAAUGAAUGUCUGCACCUCGGAUGUGGAUCUAUUACUGCACCCUGAGCUGUUGUCUCAAGAGUUUAUGCAGCUGAUAUUAAGUGGGAAACGUGUCAAUACAAGGGACUGUGAGACUCGGGACCAGCUCACAGAGCUUUACCUCCGGCACGUCAUCCCGCGGCCGCAGAGGACUUUACCCGACAGCCGCUGGGGCAAGAGGAUGGAGAAGACCCGAGCGAGACAGACACCGGCAGGUCCCAGUUCCAGUAACGACCACAAUAGGAAAAGGCCUCUGGUUGUGUUUGAUGGCAGAGCCUCUCACUCUGGCCCACUAAAAGUAAAGAAACCAGAGGGAACUACUGCGUCAGCAGGAAUCCCUGACCGGUUAAAACCUCCUCCUGCUGCAAGCCUGUCCAACCCCGUCCGCAGGCUGUCUGGAAUCACAUCUUCCUCAUCUAUUCACUGCAGCACUGACACAACAAACCUCCAUAAAGAAGCAAACAGCUCGGGGGAAAUUAAGUCUCCAGAGGAGAAGAAAAAGAUCCAGCAUGUUACAUGGCCCUGACCUCUGACCCCUAUUCACAUAGACCUGAUGUGAGCUUGGACAGAUCACUCCCUUCCCACCAAAUGUUGUUGUCCACUAUGUGUGCUCUUCCCCUCACAGUUAUCACACUAAUUACAUCACAAAAUAGAUGGAAACCCUUUUUUCCCCUGUGUGUCCAGGCCACUUCACAGCUCUUGCUCAGUCCCAAGAGCUGACCGGAUGGGGUGGUGUUCCGCAAGUCAUCCAGCUUUUUAAGUCACCAGCUUCAUUGCUUUCCACAACCUCAAGUGCCCUUUACAUCAGUGACCAGCAACUCUCCUCAAGUCUCACAAAUGAACACUUUCUAGAGGACACAACAAGUGACACUUCUUUUGUU